GUAAUGAUGUGGUAAUGAAUUACUUCCGACUUCUCCCCCUUGAUAUCUUACCAACAACAUAUCGACUAUCGUUGAUAAAGUAUAAGAUGUCUAAAACAAUAUUCAUGGCUUGAAAAUGAGCCAUAAGGGCAGUGGGUCACAAUUCCAAAUAGUUUCUGUCAGCAGAGUUUAAGAAGAGAAUUGCAUAGAAAUAAUAUUGAAAGCAGAAUGAAUGAAGCAAAGCCAAUUGUUACAUGUAUGAUUAUUAUUGUUUACUGUUUACAAUUUACUUUUCGUUUGUUGUCAAUCAUAGUCAAUUUCAUUGUUGUUAAACUAAAUAUCAAAUUUAUAAUUAUAAAUAAAAAUGAUUAAAAUGCUUCAAAUUUAGUACUAAUUGCCUACUCACCUUAUUUAGCAAUGACUUGGCCUUGGGCUCGAUGUUAGUUACGUUAGUUAGACUAUUGACUAUAGGCCUACACUUACACAUUGAAAUUUUGGGCUAAAAAAAUGUCACAUCUUAAUCUUUAGUUUGAUGUCACAUAUGAUUUGCUUUAUAUGGGGUUUUGGCAGAUUCUUUUUAUUUUGUCAAAAAGUAUUUUGUAGGUUUUCUUGUAAUCUGUCAUCCCAUCAUGCAAUAUUAACAUACCUACUUAAAAAUACGAAUAAUUUUAAAAAGUGCAUAUGAGUAUGAGAGGAAUGCAUGAUACAAUAAUAAUAAUAAUAAACUAGAACUUUUGUUCACUGUCAAACAAAAAAUAUAAUCAUAAAAAAUUAAUCAGAUAUCAUUGCAUAUACAGAAAAUAAUGAAAUCCUGGGGUCAUUAAUUGAAGCAAAGUCAAACCAAGUAUCAAAAUUGGGUGACAAGUUUUUACUUCUUUGAGACUGUUAAAAAUUUUAAUUAUAAGUAUGGGAAAGUCAUAAUGGAGCCACAUGCAUUUUGAGCUUAAUAAUGACAAAAGGGCAAGCUACCAAAGAAAAAUAUUUGAGUAUAAGAUACCUCCUUAUUAACAAACUGUGUAAACCAUAUGUUUAUGCAGACAUGUUUCAAUUAGAAUGAACCUGGGCAUUUUAUUUGUGACAUGCCUCUUUUAUAUGAAUCAAUAUAUGGCUAAUUUUUAUCAACCUAAGAGGGUGAUAAUUAUUAUUUAGCCUUCUUAUAUGUGAGAUAUGUGUUAGAAAAUGAACAACUUUUAUUUACAUUUUAUUAAAAUUUGACCAUAGUUUUGUUAAAUGAUAAUGUUUAUUUCUUUGCAUCCUUUUUUUUUUUUUUUUUUUUUUUUUUUUUUUUUUUUUUUAAAAUUUUUUUUUUUUUUUCCAUUUUUUUUUUUUUUUUUUUUUUUUUUUUUUUUUUUUUUUUUUUUUUUUUUUUUUUUUUUUUUUUUUUUUUUUUUUUUUUUUUUUUUUUUUUUUUUUUUUUUUUUUUUUUUUACAAAUACUCGUUUUUAAGCACAAUGAUAUCUUUCAUUUUAGGAUGUUAUUCUCUAAGUGUAUUAAAGAAUUUAUGAUAUAUUUUAUGUUCUAACUUAAGCUAUAUUAUUAUAAGUAUGAAAUAUCAUUGUUUUUAUGAAAUUUAUCAAUUUUAAAAAUGUUGUUAGAUGAUUUCAUAAAAUGGUUACCGAAAUGGUCAUUGAUGCCUGUAUGGAACAGAGUGAUGUAUUUCUUUUAACCACUUUAGUGAUAUAGUAAAUUUUUAUCUGCAGUUAUUAAACUGUUUUUACAAGUUUUUAUUAUCGUUAGGUCAUGGCAACAAAUCACUCUUUGCUUCACUACAUACCCUAGUGUCCCAGGGAUUACCUAAAGAAGGCUGUGAGUGGAAGAGGUAAGAAAGUUUAUUUUUUAAUGAUCUGUGUAUGUAAAUUAUUUAACGGAACUGCACAUAAAUCAUUUUUGAAAGUUAACUCCUAUAAUAUUAGCAUCUGUCCAUUUUCCAGAGAUGAUUGCAUAGCUUCACUUAUAAUUUGCACCUCCCUGAGGGAAUUAUGCUGCCAAUCUUGGAGUUGCAGUCUUGGAUGCAUUUUUUGUAGCAGAACCUUGGCUGCUGGUUUACUUUGGCCUUCUAUUUUUUUCCUUUAACUGCAAUAAUUAUUUUAUAUUGUUAAGAAACACCUUUAUUGCCUUCAAUAUAAAACUAUGUUUUAAGUGGGAGUAAUUUUUUUGCAUGAAAUUAACUUGUUUUAGAUCUUAUGGUCGAGCACCAAGAACUCUAAACCUUGAAGCCAGUUUUGUGCCAUAUGAUGCAGAUAUUCUGCCAGACCAAGAGGAAAAGACUCUUGUUAGUCGUCCAUAUUUUCACAUUUUCUGGACUGACUGUGUAAGUUAAAAUGCCUUGUUUGUAUUUAUUUUUAGGUAGCCUUUUCCUUUAUAUAACUUGUUAUUUAAAGCAGGGUUUUUUUCUAGAAGAUUCCCAGCCAAAAAUGUCUUAAAUAGAAAUAAAAUCAUCUUUUUAAUGCCAUGUUUAAGUUUGAUGAUUCUUACUCAUGAAAAGAUUUCUUAAACAAUUUAAAAAAAAAAAAAAGAAUGUUGAAGGAUACAAGCAAUCAGAAAAAAAUGAAAUAUUUGUUAUUUAAAGCAGGGUUUUUUUCUAGAAGAUUCCCAGCCAAAAAUGUAUUAAAUAGAAAUAAAAUCAUCUUUUUAAUGCCAUGUUUAAGUUUGAUGAUUCUUACUCAUGAAAAGAUUUCUUAAACAAUUUAAAAAAAAAAAAAAAGGAUGUUGAAGGAUACAAGCAGUCAGUAAAAGAUGAAAUAGCAGAGUGGUGCAGUGCCUUGAAACUCAGAAACAUACCUGACUGGCUUAUUGUGGUUGUCAGUAGUGAAGAGAGUAAGGUCAAGGCAAAACUUCUACCAAGGUCUUCUGUCAUUGACAAAGUGAAGAGUGAUUUUUGCAGCAAACAUCCUGAGAGGUAAAAAAAUAAAGUGGGAUAAGCUGUUAAGAUUUCUAUUUUUUUUAAAUUGUUAAAUCUAAAUUAUAUCUUGGAUGUUGAGUAAUUUGUGUGUGUGAUGCUUUGCUGUUUUGUACUGAUUUAAAGUUCUCUGUACAUUUAAUUUGAGGAAGAUGAGUGGAAUAAGUGUAGGACCUCAAACAGCACCUCAUAAUAGUAAAAAGAAAAAUGUAUCAAUAUUAUCAUAAAAACAGGAUGUUUAUAAUGUUGCUUUGUACUUGCAUGCCCUUCAAUGUAUUUAACACAAACACACAGACCAAACUUGUCUUACCAUACACAAAAUUUGAGCUAAGCCAAUUAUAGUUCGUUUAACUAUAUUUUGACAGGUGUGUCCAGCUAACAGAACCCAACAAAUUGGAUUCAAAAUCUUCAGAAUCCUGGUCACAACUUUUCCAAAAAUUGCGAAACUUACUGCUCCAAGCCUUUGACAGCCAUUUAAAUAAGUAUGAAGGAAACAUGCGGACCCGCAGAGAAAAGCGAAAUGAACUAGGCUGGAACUAUUUUUCAUAUUUUAUUUGUCAGGUAUUUUACCAGUCAAGAGAUAUUUCAAAAUGGAGUUAUGGAUAAGAAUAAAAGAAUCAUUGGAAAUUAGACUAUUGGUUUCUGUUUAAAACUGCUUUAAAAGGAAUUUUUGUUGUUUUAAAUAUAUUACCACUGCUUAAUAUCUGAAUUUUACUGUAUCAAGUUAUCCAAGAGUGGGGUAAAGUUCUUUGAUGAAAAAUUAAUUUGUCUACAGGAAGAGCUGGCCUUCAUGUUGGAAAUGCUGGGUUUGAAGGAAGAUGCCCUGAUACAGUAUGAUGAAUUGGAUGCCAUGUUUGAUCAGUUUGUAGAAAAUUUUGCCAAUGGGGGUAAGCAUAGAGAGCACAGGUCAGCAUAUAGAAUGGAGCUGGCUUAUUUAAAAAAUUUUCUUGGUAGGCUAAGCAUCAAUUAAAGAAUUCUUCAAUAGGACAUGUUAAUUUUGGUUUGUCAAAUAUAAAAUCAGCCGUUUUUUAAUUUAUUUGUUGGUUUUGGCAUGAAUAUAGUGAUUUCUUAAUGUUUUCAAUGGCUACAGACACCGUUAAAUGGCUGACUCAUCUCAUGGUACCAUGCACUUGCUGGGCAGGAGUUUCAUUGGCCAAGCCCCUAGACCUAGACCUGAGAGAAGAGGUGAAGCAGAACAAUGCCAGCCUGUUGCAGUUCCGCAACUAUCUCUUCUCUAGGCAGGCAGCUUUAUUAUUCCAGAUGGGCAGAGCCUGGGAGGUGGCUAUGAGAGCUAUGGACUACUUGUACAACACAGUUGUUGAAAUGAAAGCUUUAGAGGUUUGUAAACUAGCUUUUUUUAAACACCAUUUGGUUGUAACUAAUUGGUAUUGUCUAUCAAUCUUACCCACUUACACUUCACUUUCAAACUUUUUUCCACUUUCUUCAGUAUUUUAUCAAUAAUAAAUUCACUAGUAUUUAAGCAUCCAGACAAAAAAUUUACUAAAAAAAUUAAUAUUUCAUUAAAAUUUUAAACAAUUUGAACAAGUCUCUGUUUGUUUUGUUGACAGAUUGAAGCUCCCUCUGGCGCAAUCUGCUGCUGGGGUUUCCUGGGCUGCUUAGAAGUUCUUCAUGCAUGUGAUGUACACAAACCAUCACAACUAGAUGAAAAGUUUGCUCUCUACACAGCCAACCUUUGGGAUUUUGCUCAUAAAAAGGUACCCAGUGCUUGGUUUGGCCAUUGUUUUCCCUGACUAAUGAGGUCAUGUGCUCAUUAUUAAAAUCUUUUACCUAUUAAUAAUUUGAAAUAAAAAACUAAAAUCCUGUGUUCUUUUCAUCACUCUGCUAAUGGAGAUUUCUUUUUAAUAAGCUAAGGCUUCAGUAAUGAUCAGCUCCCUUUUGAUUUAGCACGAACAAAAAUUUUUAUCUUUGACCCGUACUGAAUGUCAGACCUGAUAUUUUUGUGUUUUGAUUUUUUAAAAUCAAUUAUAUUACCUUUAACUUUACAGCUGAGAGAGCUUGGUCAUUUAUGUAGUUUAAUGCCAGGGCUGGUGCCCUCAUCUGCCCAGCUCAGUCUUGUUGUUGACCUGGUUGCCGGGAUGGGACUGUCUAUUGAAACUAUUCGUGAGUUUUUUUUUCAUUUUCCUGCUGAUUGUUACACAUCAAAUCUCUUGGACACAAAAAAUGCACAUUGCAUCAAUAUCCCAGCUUUAAUUCCUUAAUCUACAACUCUCAGUUGUUAUUACCUUAAAAGUAGUUGAAAUUGUAAUUUUUAAAAAAGACCCCAAAAUUCUUUAGUUGUACAGAUUAAAUGCAUUACAUUUGAGCAAUGUUUUAAUAGAAUUUUCAUAUAUCAAAAGCCCACACUGACCAAAAACCAGUGGACAAGCUCAGAGAGUCACUUUCUUCACCAGAAUCAUUUAAAAGACAUUAUUUGGUAAUUUUUUUAUAAAUACCUGUGACCUCCUUCUAAGAUUGUCAUGGCUUCAAAGAUUAAUUGAUUUAUGACUAUUUAAUUUUUAGUAUUUACAGUCAAUCAAUAAAAAUCUGUAGUAAUUUUGUAAGGAAUAAGAUUGUCUCAAGAAAAUAGUUCUAUAAAAAUCUGAUUAUGUUUUUUUUGUGCUUUGCUAGGAAAUGUGUGAACAAGCCAUGGGCACUUACAAGUAUAUUGGCAGAUAUCGUUCAGCUCGAAUGAUAGGGAUGGAAUUGGCUGAUUUUUAUAUGUACGUAAUCAAUACAACAGUAAUACGUUUUAAAAUAUUUAGAUACUAACAUGAAUUUUACAUGAUGAAAAUUACAAAAUAGUUUUUGUUUUUUUUACUUCACAUUACCAUAACAGUAACCUAAACAUAAUUUGAAAUAUCAUGAUAACAGGACUCAUAAUUUUAAUAUAUGUUCUGUCAAACCUGAAAAAUAGUUUUACAUAAUAUUAAUUUUUGUUGUCAAAAGGUGACAGAAGAAGAAGAUUUAGUUUCUUUUUUGUAACACAAAUUGCUGUCAAUGCAUCCUUUUGUGUGUAAAGGAAAAUUAAGGAACCCCAAAAGGCUGAAAAUUUUCUACUAGAUUCCAUCAAGAUGUAUCAACAGGAAAACUGGCACCACUUGGCUGACGGGACUAUGUUGCUAUUGGCUGACUGUCAGAGGUUACUACAGGAGCCAGACAGGUAACUUUAUUAUAUGAAGGGCACCCUGUAAACAGUCUGAUAUAGAAUAGUAAACCAUGAAAAGAUUGUCUUAUCACAAUGACUUUGUCUCAGUGACAUGGACUGAAAUAACAUGAAAAGAUUUUCUAAUCACAACAAUUUUGUCUCAGUGGCAAAGCCUGAAUAAACAUGCAAAGAUUCUAAUGACCAUGCUAUUGUAUCACAACCAGAUUCCUCAAGACUUCCUGCCACAUUGCCUGCAGUCCUCACCUCCCCAUGAGUGACAGGUCUAAGUACUUUCAAGAAGCCAUGACUACCUUAGAGGAAGUCACAGGUAUUGCUCAUCGCGUUGGUUCUCUUCUUUUCCCUUUGAAUGUUAUUCACACAGUUUUUCCUCCAGUUUCUUUUUUGUGUGUGUUUCCAUUCCAUAAUUGCUAUACCUAUUUAUAUCAUGUGAUGGUAAUGAUUUUUGAGGACAUGUAUGCAAUGGAGGGUAGUGCAACUUGUUAAGGACUUGUGUGUAUAUUGUGAUGGCGUGUUGUUUGGAGAGUAUAUGGGUAGAUGUUGCCAUUAAAUUGUUGGUAUUUUGUGACGCAUUUGGCAUAAGGGGAAAUGGGGCAUUGUUGUGUAGUGUGUUGUGAUUGAGUAAUGGCAGCAGUUGACAAUGUAAUUUGGUUAAUAAAGAUACUUUAUUCUAAGAAUUUAUGGUUUGUGUAGUUACUACUAUAACCCCUAGACAAACAAAGCCAUUGAACCUUGGUAAGAUACCGGGUUCGUAACACAACUCUUAAAAUAUCUAAGGUUUGGGAACCCCUGCAUUAUUAUUAUUCUAUUUAUGAUUUUUUUUUUUUUUUUUAAAUUUAUGAAAAUUAUUUGAAGAAUCAAUUGUUUGAAGUUACUGCUAUUAAGUUAAAAUUCUCAAAAAUGGGUUGAAAUCCCUAUGACACUAUAAUUAUUUUUUAUUAUUUAAAUGACAUUUUAUUAUUAUUUUAUUUAUGAUUUUUUUUUUUUUUUUUAAAUUUAUGAAAAUUAUUUGAAGAAUCAAUUGUUUGAAGUUACUGCUAUUAAGUUAACAUUCUCAAAAAUGGGUUGAAAUCCCUAUGACACUAUAAUUAUUUUUUAUUAUUUAAAUGACAUUUUUCUCCAUUGAACAUUGAUUGAUUUUUCUUGACAUAAACAUCUGGUAUAAUUUCUUUUCCACAGGAAACAGAACUGAAAUGAGAGCUUCACAAGCAAUAUUUAUUGAGGACAUUUCCCUAAGCAAGGUGUCAGUCAGUCUGAACGAUGAGUUGACCCUCCGCCUGGAUCUGUGCAGCAAUUUCCCACAAAAUAUUACUUUUGACAAAAUACAAGUAUGCACAAAGAGAGAUCAUUAUAUGUUGAAAAUAGUUGGCAUAGGGAGGUAUGGAGACGAGAGGGGUUGACCUGUAUUCACUAAGGAAAAAAAAUGAAACAUUUAUUGCCUUAGAUGCACAGUCACACAGGUUUCCUGCACUUCUAUUUGAAGGAAAUAUCGAUGGAAACCCUUUUCAACAUUAUGCCGGAUCUUCCAGAUUCCUACCGUCUACUUUUUUUUUAUCCUGAUUAAAACCGAUUUAAAGACACAUCUAUUUCGCAAACACCUUCUGGGAUGAUUGUCUACCAUAUUUUCCAGUUAAUGCAUAUUGGCUGUGUUGCUUAGGGUUGAAAUGGGUAGAAUGACUUUGACUUGGUAUGCUUGUAAUUAGUUUUGUAGUGUUGCGUUUGAUUUAAAUGUGGUAAAUUAUAGUUUUUUUUUGUUGACUUUGUACCCCGCUUCGAGCCUUUGGGGAUGAAGCGUGUUUUUGAAAUAAACUUUAUUAUUAUUAUUAUUAUUGUUACAGAUCUGCUUUGUUAGUGAAGUUUUUUUUUGUCUCAUACCGUUUUAGAUAUCCAUAAGGAAAUGCACUGAGUCUGAAGCCCUGGACUUUGUGGAACACCAGCAACCCCAACAACAUCACCAAAACCCACACAGCAUGAGGCAUAGACGGCAGCCGAGCGGCACUCAUAUUAUCAUUGACAAAAUGUUAAACUUUCAGGUUGGUCGCCGAAAAGAACUCAUUUAUAAGAUAUGACUGGUUUUUUUAUUGUCUUCUUUUGAUAAGAAUCAUGAAACCAGGUUGAUGUCUAGCCAUGCGUUUCUGUCAAUUUUACCAAUAUUUCAUUGAAUACGGUACCAAAAUCUUCAUAUACGAUCAGUGGUUGUAGGAGCGAUGGACAUAUAAGUUGUAAUACUGUUUAAAAGGGACAAUUUAAACCUGUCUACAACAUUUUUAAAGCAGAUUUAUUCUUUAAAUAUACGUGAAGAAAGGUAUUGGGUUAUAUUGUAUCGUACACAGAAAGCAUUUUAGUUAGUUUUUUCUGUUAGUUUUGUUUUUGCCUUAAAGCAAUUGUAUUGUCAUUUAUUUUCAUGUAAAAUAAUUAUAAAAAUUAACAUGAUCCUCAGACCUGUUAACCCUCAAACUCUUAAAAUCUUACAAUAUCAUCACAAAAUCGUUCAAUACACUAUCUUAAUAGUAAAAAAUAAACAUGUAUACACCUCAAAAUCAUACAUUGUACACCAAAUUCGUAAGAGUAAACAGGUCUGGAUCUUUAUGCUACUCGAGUCCUCUGGAUGAAGCUUAUGCUACUCCAUUUUUCUGAUAGCCAAUAUCAAAAAACCUUCCAAGCCAGUUGGACUUUCAUGCAACUGUUGAGAAAGCCAAAGGGAGGCUUGUUUCUUGUGCUAUAGCAUGUGACAACGCCCUCCAGCUGCUGAAGAGGUCAGACAGUGCAGGGUCCACCCACAGUGCCGCGGCCAUUCACAAGGAGGAUUACACAACGUGUUUUAGCCAGAGCAGUGUAACACUGCAGCCUGGACACAACUCUCUAACAUUUACAGCACAGGUGAGACAAUGUGCGUCAUUUGGGGCUUUAUGGUUUGCUUAUAUGUUAACAGUUUUCUUGCAUGUUGAUGACAGAUUGUCACACAGGAUGAAAUGAACAGAUCGGAGACUUGCAAUUGUUAAGUUUGAUCAGUUUUGAUAGGAGCAGCAGUUUUUUAGUUUGCCAAUGGUUAUGUGAUUUCAUAUAUAUUUCUUCAGAUGAAAGAAAAGGGUAUUUUCUGCUUGAGUCAGAUGUGUUUUAGCAUCAAGAUUCUUGAUCUCCUAAAGCCAUUGACAUCACCAGGUGUUUUCUUUAAAGUUUUGAGCGUCUCACCUGAAUUCCAGCUCAAGCCACAAGACAUGGGUAAGGCAAUGGCCAGAUUUGCCCUUAAUGCUGAAAUAUAUUUAUGUUUUGUUAGAUUUUCUUUUUAAAAAACACUUUUUUAUUUUUUGCAAUGCUAUCAAUAAAUAAAUAGAGAGUCCUUUUUCACUUGUUUUCACUCGGCUUGCCAACAAAUUUUCUAAAACAUGUCACUUUACUUUGCUUGAAAUAAUUCUUUGCAUAUGAAAUAGGCCUCAAGUUUUUUUAAAAAUGUAUACUGUUAAUAAUAUAGGAUAGAAAUACUGCACAGAAAAAUUUACCUCUAGCCAGUAGAAAUUAGAAUGUGUCAUCUUAUUAGUCAUGGCAUGACACCUUUAACUAAUUUUUCAUAAGUUUACCAUCAUUUCCCUAAUUUUAAUAUGUAAUUAACAGAUUUAAUGUUUCCCCAUUAUAUAUAUUUUGUGCAAUAGGACUAUUUAAAUAUAUUUUAUACAAUGCUCGGUACUGGACUUAAAGCUCCAUAUUUAUCUUUUAUAGAUCACUUCAUUUCUGGCAUAGAGCAAAAAGGCAUGUUGACCUUCACUUCUGGCAGUUACAGAUUAAAAGAGACAUCAACCUUGACCUUUGCAACUGCCCCUCACUUUAGCAUCACUUCACCUGACAAGUCAACAAAUGUGACCCUCGAGGCCAUGGAUCCCCAUGAAAGUCAGGAUGUCCCGGUUCUUGUGUUCAUGAGUCUUAAAGAUGAGAAUGACUUGAACCAGCAUAGCAAGGUAGGAAAGUGUUUUGGGAAUAAUUUUGUUAGAGUUAGAGUAGCCAUGUUUGCUUUUACAGGUUCAACCAGUCCUUUUUUUUUAAAUCAGCCGUUUUUGCGCAAAAAUUCUUGAAACAUCUGUUUGAAAAUUGCUGUUAUGGAGUGUUGUUGUAGCAUUGUUGUCUCAUUGGUUAUUCAUCUACUUUGUUGCAGUCAUGUGAUACCAUGACAUUAUUCAGCUCAUUGAGGUACCGUCAUGUAAAUAGUACUCAGUUUUUUUUUAUUCACGCUGUUGUAUUCAUCUUAACAUUGCCUCAAUCAACAGUUAACAGUGACGGUGAAAGAUUGGGAUCAAACAUUGACAAAACAAGUUGAAUUUGUUCAUCCCUUCCGAGUUACACAAAAAGUAUAUACCUGUGGAAAACAGUGAGUCGUUUGAGGGUACACGGUAAACCCUGGUCAUUUUUGUAAAAAAAUUCAAUUCACAUCCAACUGCUUGUAAGAAAUUCUGAUUUUAGGCUAAGCAAGAAUAACAGUGCCUCAGAAUACAUGUGUGUAAGUACUCUAUUUAGCUGAUUUAACAUUUUAGAAUUGUCCAUUCUGAUCAAGGUCAAUUUCCAAUUCUCAUGAGUAUGAAAUUUGCACCAAAAUAGAAGCACAACAUUGUUUUAACAUCUGCGACCCUGGCUGAUAGAUUUAUGUUGUCUUAUAUUAAAAAUGACAGAUUUAGAAGACAUAUUAUAUUUUCAAUAAAACCCAAAUUAAAUGUACCGGCACAAAAACAAUUACAGAUAAGUUUAUAAUGAGCAAUCAACAAUUUUUAAAUGUCUCUUUUUUCUGAAUUUGUGUGUAAGUUGGGAUUUGUUUGACAGACAUUUUUUAAAACCAUACCUGUUGUCCCAUAUAAAAACUUAAUGUAAUUUUUUAUAUGUUUUUUUUUUUGUUUUAAAGGAAAUAUUUUCAACUAGUUAUUCAUGGUACCACAAAAGCGGAUUUUACUUUGUGCAAUCCGAGUCUGCUAGCCCCUAACUGUCCUGAUGUGGAGCUGAUUCUGUUGAACAGGCCAGAUCAAAUUUUAGUAAGUUAAACUAAUAACUUUGUGUCAGGUUAAGUGUCUGGUCUACUGGUAUAGUUUACACAUUAUCAGAAUUGGCAAUAUAUUCGAUCUCUGCUAAAUCCCUUUACAUUCAUGAAAAUUGUUUUGAUCAAAUAGUUUUCUGUAUUCAACUGUUGGUCCACAGCCUUUAGACAUUCCAAGUAGUCUGCUGAACUGCAUUAAACCUAACUUGAUCAUUUAUAUUUUAUUACCAUUUACAUUAUGCCAUUAGUACACUUAUUUUUUUUCUUUCCUAGACUGGCAAUUGUAUAAAUCAGAACUGGCCUGAGAGAUGGUCAAAAUUACUCACAAACUAAAUUAAUGUAUUUUCUAUCAUGAUUUUUUUUGUUUUUUGACAGCCUAUCAAUGAAAAUCAAAGCAUGUCAUUGCUAUGGCAACUGAACAGCAACAUUCCCAUCCUGCCAUCCCUGGAUCUCAAAUUCUCAUGCUCUUACUUGAGUCAUUUGGAUCAAAGCUCCCAUCAGUCUCAUCAUUAUGAUUAUGUUUGCUCCAUUCACGAUUUUCAGGUAAUAGUACUUAUUUCAUGUCUACCUCAUUGGGCAUACAGAGUUAGAUUAAUGUACAUCUGAAAACAAAAUCCUAUCAGCAUUUUUUUAAAUAUUUUUUUUGUAAAUUAUUUUUUAUGUGAAUGGCAGCCCUUUGUGGGACUAGGUGGUUCUGAGAUUAUUUAAUUUUAAACGUACUGUUUCAGACUCAGUAUAUUUUGUCCUACACUGUAUCCAGUAUUGAGGAGGACAAGUCCUGUGUGACAGGAGAGGCAGCCAUCCUGGAUAUUAAGGUCAAACAGCUGAUAAACGUCAAUCUUAAUGAAGGUGUCAAACUGGCAUACUCUGUCAAAGCCAAUGGAACUGUUUGGGCCAUUGGUGGCAAGUCGGCUGGUAAAUUUAACGUAUUCACAUUUUUUUUAGUUAUGUUAUUUGUGAAUUAAUUUCAAACAUAAAAUUGUGUGUAAAUGUAUACCGUACCAGAAACGUUUAGCAAGCUGUACAAAAUUGCCAGUUUUCAAAAUUCUAAUAAAAGGUAAUAAUUUUGUGAGUGUAAUUUAGCACAUUUUUAUGUCCAUGAACUUUAAUUGUUAAGAAUGAUCUGUGAAGGCCAUUCAGUAUUCUUAUCAAAAUGCACAAAAAUAGCCCACUUUACUUUAUGGGACAUAACUAUCAAAGUUUUUGGAGUUUUUUUAAAACUACAAAGCUUAAAAGAAGAAGAAAAAAGUCAUCCAAUAUCAUGAACAUAAAACCCCAUAAUAUAAAUAUAAUCCAAUUAUUUAAUUUUCAACAAAAAAAACUGAUAGUAAUAUGAUUUUCCAUUUUGACAGCCAUGUGAUUACUGUUUUGACUCCAGUAAUAAACGUGGAUUUGUUCAAUCAACAGGUGUGUUCACGCUCAAAGAUGGAAAGUACAAUAUUAUACUGGAUGUAGUUCCCAUGCAACCUGGAUUCCUCCACUUUCCAGUUGUCACUCUGCACAAAUAUGUACAUCAGCUAGAAGGUGAAUGGAACAUUUUUAUUUGCAUAAAGUGACACAUUUUGCCCUUUGAAUUUCUGAAGAUGCCAAUGGCCAAGUUGUUUGAAUAAAAAUGAAAUGAUCUAAAUGUUUUUGGGAUGUAUACAUUGAAUGAUGCAUUCACAAUCACCAGCAAUAUUUUCUUGAGCAAUAAAUUAUUUUCAAAACCCCUCUCUGUUAUCACUGUUAUAGAAAUAGAAAACCCAUUGCCCUUGAUGUUGGUACCACUAGCUUUAGGAAGCAUAGAUUAAUCAAUGUUAAGAAGAGAUAGAUGCUGAUACACAUGUAUAACAAAUUAAUGAUAGCCGGCAGAAUUAUGUACAAAUAACAUUUAUUGUUUGACACAUAGCCCACUUAACUCUAUGAGACACAACUAUCAGUGUUUUGGUGGGGUUUUUUUUAAUGCAAUGCUAAAACAAUAUAAAAUCAUCCGAAAUGAUGCAUAUAAAACUCCAUAAUUAUUUGAAAUAAGAUAUUGUUAAUAUACCAUUGACUAAAGAGUAGCAACAUAUAGUCACAAAUGAUGUUCUGUGAAACUUGUCUUUUAUCCUUGGUUGUUACAAAGGUUCAGUAGCAGCUUAGGUAACUCCUUGCAUAAUUUGUGAAAUUUCUCAUUCCCCUGCUUCACAGACCAUGGAUCAGAUGAGAAGGAACCCACGGACUCCGACAGUGAUUCCACGGCUCCCUUACAGUCACCCCUAAAAGCUAAGAGAACGAUAUCACAGGUGUCAACUUCAUCAGCAUCUUCAGCCCAGCUUGCGUCCCAUCUCGUGGACUUUGCACCAGGUCAGGUGUACAAUGAGAGCAGGAGUAAGCAGAUCCACGUUUCCCCUUGUCGAACGACCAGUGAUAUUGACAUAUCAUUAGUGCUGUGAGUUUUAGAUAAUUUGAAGCGGAACCUGAAUAUCAUUCCAUUGCUUUGUCUUCCUGACAUAAAACUGUGUGCAGAAAACAUUUCAUUAUAUCAUACUGUGCCCUAGCCUAUGCACCUCAUGUAUUGUGUGCAAAUUGAGGUGUUCCGGUAAAAAAAAUCAUACAAAUAAACAAUUUCUCUGGCUGUGAAUGUACAGUAUUUGUAGAUUUUUCUGUACACUAAGACUCCACAUGAAAGUGAAUAAUUGGUUUUUGUGUCCAGGUCAGGUCUUAUAAAAAGUCUAGUAAAAUUAUGGGGGGG